AUGAGUAAAGCCGUCGGAAUUGAUUUAGGAACAACCUACUCCUGUGUGGCCCACUUCACCAAUGACAGAGUGGAAAUUAUCGCCAACGAUCAGGGUAACCGGACUACACCCUCAUAUGUGGCCUUCACGGACACUGAGCGGUUGAUCGGUGAUGCUGCCAAGAAUCAGGCUGCAAUGAACCCUUCAAACACUGUUUUUGACGCCAAGCGUUUGAUUGGACGUAAGUUCAACGACCAGGAAGUCCAGAAUGACAUCAAACACUUCCCUUUCAAGCUCAUUGACAAGGGUGGUAAGCCCAAUAUCCAGGUGGAAUUCAAGGGUGAGACCAAGGUUUUCACUCCAGAAGAGAUCUCCUCCAUGGUGUUGACAAAGAUGAAGGAAACCGCCGAAGGUUUCUUGGGAGGUGCGGUUACUGAUGCUGUGGUCACUGUACCAGCAUACUUCAACGACUCUCAAAGACAAGCUACCAAGGAUGCAGGAUUGAUUGCAGGAUUGAAUGUCUUGAGAAUCAUCAACGAACCUACCGCUGCUGCUAUUGCUUAUGGUUUGGACAAGAAGGGUACCAGUGAACACAACGUCUUGAUUUUCGACUUGGGUGGUGGUACUUUUGAUGUUUCGCUUUUAGCCAUAGAUGAUGGUAUCUUUGAAGUGAAGGCUACCGCUGGUGACACCCACUUGGGUGGUGAAGAUUUUGACCACAGAUUGGUCAACCAUUUCAUCACUGAGUUUAAGAGAAAGAACAAGAAGGACUUGUCCUCUAACCAAAGGGCAUUGAGAAGAUUAAGAACUGCCUGUGAGCGUGCAAAGAGAUCCUUAUCUUCGUCUGCCCAAACCUCGAUUGAAAUCGACUCUUUGUAUGAAGGUAUUGAUUUCUAUACCUCAAUUACUAGAGCCAGAUUCGAAGAGUUGUGUGCUGACUUGUUCAGAACCACCAUUGACCCUGUUGAAAAGGUGUUGAAGGAUGCCAAGAUUGACAAGUCCCAAGUUGACGAAAUCGUUCUCGUUGGUGGUUCCACAAGAAUCCCAAAGAUUCAAAAGUUAGUUUCUGACUUCUUCAACGGUAAGGAACCUAACAAGUCUAUCAACCCCGAUGAGGCGGUCGCUUAUGGUGCUGCUGUUCAAGCUGCCAUUUUGACCGGUGACACAUCUUCUAAGACUCAAGACUUGUUGUUGUUGGAUGUCGCCCCAUUAUCGAUGGGUAUUGAAACUGCUGGUGGUGUUAUGACCAAGUUGAUUCCAAGAAAUGCUACCAUCCCAACAAAGAAGUCUGAAACCUUCUCUACUUACGCUGAUAACCAACCAGGUGUUCUCAUUCAAGUAUAUGAAGGUGAAAGAGCUCAAACCAAGGACAACAACCUUUUGGGUAAGUUCGAUUUGACGGGAAUUCCACCUGCUCCAAGAGGGGUCCCUCAAAUUGAGGUCACUUUCGACGUUGAUGCCAACGGUAUCUUGAAUGUUUCAGCCUUAGAAAAGGGUACUGGUAAGACUCAAAAGAUCACCAUUACGAACGACAAGGGUAGACUUUCUAAGGAAGAUAUCGAAAGAAUGGUGAGUGAAGCCGAAAAGUACAAGGAAGAGGAUGAAAAGGAGGCUGCAAGAAUCCAAGCUAAGAACACCUUGGAAUCUUAUGCUUACUCAUUGAGAAACUCUAUCACUGAUGGUGAAAUUAAGGAUAAGAUCGGUGAAGAUGAUAGAGCCAAGUUAGACAAGGCUAUUAGCGAAACUAUUGAAUGGUUGGAUGGUUCUCAAGCAGCUACUACUGAAGAAUACUCUGACAAGCAAAAGGAACUUGAGGGUAUUGCUAAUCCAAUCAUUUCUUCUGCUUACUCUGCAGCGGGUGGUGCUCCUCCAGGUGGUGCUCCCCCAGGCGGCGCUCCAGGCGGAUUCCCAGGUGCAGGUGCCCCAGGUGGUGCUGCUCCAGGCAGUGAAGGUCCAACUGUGGAAGAAGUUGAUUAA